GCGGCGGUGGUCAGUUGACCCUUUCACAGGGGUCACGUAAGUCUACCAUAAAUCAUAUAUUUCUGAUGGUCUUAGGAACUGAUACACCACUCCUCUUUCAAUCUACAGGUGGGCCUGCCACAUGUACAUACAUUAACUCAGGAGUUCCUUGUACUGUAUUAAAAGAUUUCAGCAUUAGAAAGACGUAGAACCUCUGGCUUAGAACAUUUAGCACAUGGACAUGCCAUUUAAAGACAGGUGUGCCUUGAAUUGUAAUAUUCUCCUUAUAAAUGGGUUCACGUGAAUUUUAGUGGUCAAUAUUCUCCCAGAAAGGUAUGCAUGCAACAUAGAAAAGAAAUUCUCAUUGAAAGGAAGAGUAGUUGGAAAGAUACAAUUUACCUCAGAAACGAAGUAAAGCCUUCUUAGAUGAUGAUGGAAAUGGGACUUGAUGAUGAUUUAUCAAUUUGAGCAAAUUAUGAUAUUUGACAGGUAGAAUCUGUGUGUGUACAAGACAACAGGACACACAUGGAAAAGACAUGUACUGUAUCUGCCUGAUAGAAUGAAAUGAAACAUGACAGAAGGUUCAGAUAUUGUAUUGUAGUGUGAUAGGUAAUGAACUUUAUUUAAUGCUAGGCAUCCAUCUUAGGGCCCCACUAGCCAUUUGCCUCUGACUCUAGUUCUUGAAUCUUACAUUCCCAGUAAUAACCCUGAGUAGUAGUUUUUUUACAGCUGGUAUACAUAUACUUUAUAUCUGUGCCUGGUACCUGCUAAGGUUUGAAAAAGGCCACAGAUUGUAAUAGUUUUUCUUGCCACAUUAAAUAUACCAUUCCAUGCUCUCCUGUCUGUAGGAAUGUUGUCAAGUUUACUGGUAUAAUUUUCCUUCUUAUGUGUUGUUAUUUGGUUUAGCAUUGUUCAUAACAUUGCUAUAUUUAUUUUAGCUUUUAAUUUUUCGGAGAAGAGUAACAAGAAGAAUGAAUGCUUCUCUCAUAAAUACUCCUCAGGGUCAGUUAACAUUCAAGGAUGUGGCUGUGGACUUCUCACAGGAGGAAUGGGAAAGUCUUGACCAUGCUCAGAGGGCAUUGUACAUGGAUGUGAUGUUGGAGAAUUACAACAAUCUGCUUUUUGUGGAGAGUCAUGGCAUGUGUCAUAAAUAUGAGAACAUCUUAGAUCAAGACCUACAGUAUAUUGUUCACGAGCAUGUGAAUAUCCAAGUGAAGUCUUAUAAAUGUCAUGAGCUUGUUAAAAUCAUUGAUGAAUCUACCCAAAGUACAGUUUAUAAACCUAACCUCAGGGAUACACCUGUUGAAUCAUCAAACCCAAGCAGGCUUCAAACUGGAAACAACAGAGAACCUUGCAAAUAUAAAAAACCUGCAAACUGUUUAAAUUCCUGGUCUACCAUCAGUUUACCUCAGGGAAUCCACAGAGGAAAGAAAGAAUACAGUGGUACAGAGCUUGAUAAGGAUUUUGACUGUAAAGAAAAACUCACGCUGGAACAAACGAAUAAUAAAAAGAAACGUUACAAAUGUAGUGAAUGUGACAAAUGUUUUACCACGAAAGACUAUGUUAGGGUUCAUCAGCGAAUUCAUUCAGGAGAGAAACCUUACAAAUGUAGUGAAUGUGACAAAUGCUUCACUGACAAAGGCUAUCUUAGAAUUCAUCAGCGAAUUCAUACAGGAGAGAAACCUUAUAAAUGUAGUGAAUGUGACAAAUGCUUCACCUACAAAGGCUAUCUUAGAAUUCAUCAGCGAAUUCAUACAGGAGAGAAACCUUAUAAAUGUAGUGAAUGUGACAAAUGCUUCACUGACAAAAACUAUUUUAGAAUUCAUCAGCGAAUUCAUACAGGAGAGAAACCUUACAAAUGUAGUGAAUGUGACAAAUGCUUCACCGACAAAGGCUAUUUUAGAAGUCAUCUGCGAAUUCAUACAGGAGAGAAACCUUACAAAUGUAGUGAAUGUGACAAAUGCUUCACCAACAAAUGCCAUCUUAUAAGUCACCAGCGAAUUCAUACCGGAGAGAAACCUUACAAAUGUAGUGAAUGUAACAAAUGCUUCACCAACAAAAGCCAUCUUAGAAGACAUCAGAGACUUCAUACAGGAGAGAAACCUUACAAAUAUAGUGAAGGUGACAAAUGCUUCUCCCAAGUUGGUGGUGUUAGCAGACAUCUGAAAAUUCAUAGAGGAGAAAAACCAUAUAAAUGCAGUGAAUGUGACAAAUGCUUUCGCUACAAAAGUGCCCUUAGAAAUCAUCAGAUUAUCCACACAGGAGAGAAACCAUACAAAUGUAGUGAAUGUGAUAAAUGCUUUACCUACAAAGCCAGUCUUAAAAUUCAUCAGAGAAUUCAUACAGGAGAAAAACCUUACAAAUGUAGUGAAUGUGACAAAGGCUUUACCCAAAAAGGUAAUCUUAUGAUUCAUCAGAUAGGUCACACACAAGAGAAAUGUUAUAAAUGUAGUGAAUGUGACAAAUGCUUCACCCAGAAAGGCUAUCUUAGUAUUCAUCAGAGAAUUCAUACAGGAGAAAAAGUUCACAGAUGUAGUGAAUGUAACAAGUGCUUUACCAAGAAAUAUCCUCUUAUAAUGCAUCAGAGAAUACAUUCAGGAGAAAAACCUUACAAAUGUAGUGAAUGUGACAAAGGCUUUACCCAAAAAGGCAAUCUUAUUAUUCAUCAGAGAAUUCAUACCGGAGAGAAAUGUUACAAAUGUAGUGAAUGUGACAAAUGGUUUACUCUGAAAGACAAUCUUAUAAUUCAUCAGCGAAUUCAUACAGGAGAGAAACCUUACAAAUGUAGUGAAUGUGGAAAAUACUUUGCCCAUAAAAGCAGUCUUAUUAUUCAUCAGAGAAUUCAUACAGGAGAGAAACCUUACCAAUGUAGUGAAUGUGAGAAAUGCUUUAUCCGCAAAAGCAGUCUUAAUGUUCAUCAGAGAGUUCAUACAGGAGAGAAGCCUUUCAUUAGUGAAUGUGACAAAUGCUUUUCCUACAAAGGAGUUAAAAAACAUCAGCGAAUUUACACAGGAGAAAGCAACAUUACAAGUAUGAACGUGACAUAUGAUUUCCCCAAAAAUGUAGUCUUCUUAUUCAUCAGAGAAUUGAUACAGAAGAGAAAAUUUUCAAAUGUUAUGAAUGUUUCAAAUACUUUACCUGCAAAAGCAGUCUUAGAAUACAUCAGAGAAUUCAUGCAGGAGAAAACCCUUAAAAAUAUAAUUAAUGUGAUUAAUUCUUUUGCCAGAAACAAUCUUAGCACUCAUCAGAGAAUGUGUAGAGUAGAGAAACUUAGCAAAUGAAGUGAAUGAGAAAAAUCAUGCCCAAGGGAGAUCAUCUUAGAGUUUAUCAGAGAAUAUAUACAAGAGUGUCCUUAUAAAUGUAGUUUAUGUACAAAUCUUUUACUGUUGGUUCAUUAAAGAAUGCUUACAGGAGAAAAACCUCAGACAUGUAAUGUAUGAAGCUUUCAUUUUCCCAAAUCUCAGAACUAAGAAAAUACCUGGAAAUUUUUAGUUAGAAAAGUGUCCACUUGAAAAAAAUGUGACAUGUACUUUAUUCAAGCUGUAUUGUUUGUAAUACUUGAGGCUCCACACUAAAGAAUUGUUUAUUGUGUAUACGAGAAACUUGUGAAAGUGUUUAAUUAAUGUCUCCCACAAAAAUGUACCAAACUCAUUAAUAUUUUGGGUAGCAUGGGUAAAUGUACCAAACUCAUUAAUAUUUUGGGUAGCAACAUCUUUGAGGGUGGAAUGAACCUCUCACAGGUGGGAAAUACAUGGCUCAAAGUAGAGUAAAACUGACAGCGUUCAUAUGCUUAACUCAAAUUAAGAUACGUAGACAAAUUGUACUUCUUAAAAGUGGAUUUGACAAACUAAGCAACAAAUUUUGGAUGUUCUUUAUCCUAUAGAUAUGCCUAUGGAUAUGUGGUUUGCUUCCAGAGUCAGUAUUCAUAAUCUGUAUCAUAUGAUGGUUUUAAAUUUCAGGAUAACAAUUGUCAUUGAGUCCCCCGGGGUCUUGUUUCCUAACUCCUUCCCCUGAGUCCUGUAUCAAAAUCCAAUAAAGAUCAUUGGUUCAACAAGUU